CACGCCGCAGUCAGUCUCUCUCUCUCUCUCUCUCUCUCUCUCUCUCUCUCUCUCAUGCAUACGUACAAACAGUUAGCGAGCAAAUGGUUUUCUUGCCUGCUCUGAUCUAGUCCAACACAACUCCACUUCCCCCUCGUUUCUCUCGCCCAAUUUCACCUGCCCCCCUUCAUAAAUCCCCAAAUCCAUCACUCCCUCUCUUUCAUUUCUCUUCUGGGUUUCAUCCUUCCACCCGUCUCUGCCCGACCCUUCACCCGAUGGCCUCAUCAGCUCUCUCCGGUUCGUUGCUUUCUUCUUCUUCGCCUUCUUCUCUCGCUCCUCGCCGAUCGACUGUGUUGCGGCCGGUCUCCUUUCAGUUCUGUCCCAGAUUCGACGCCGCCUCGAAGACGACGGGCCGUCGUUUCGCGGCUCCUUGCUUGCUGGGCGCAGCUCAAGAUCCGAAGGACGACACUCCCAUCGAAUUGAAAUAUGCUGCAUUUCCGACGGUGAUGGAUAUCAACCAGAUUCGCGACAUUUUGCCUCACAGGUUUCCAUUUCUCCUAGUGGAUAGAGUGAUUGAAUACAAUCCUGGAGUUUCAGCUGUUGCUAUCAAGAAUGUUACUAUUAACGACAACUUUUUUCCUGGGCAUUUUCCCGAGAGGCCAAUCAUGCCUGGUGUUCUCAUGGUCGAGGCAAUGGCACAGGUUGGUGGCUUGGUUAUGCUACAGCCAGAGGUGGGAGGCUCUCGUGAGAAUUUCUUCUUUGCUGGAAUCGACAAAGUAAGAUUCCGGAAGCCCGUCAUUGCGGGUGACACCCUAGUUAUGAGGAUGACACUUGUUAAGCUACAGAAGCGCUUUGGAAUUGCAAAGAUGGAAGGGAAAGCUUAUGUUGGGGGUGAAGUGGUCUGUGAGGGCGACUUUUUGAUGGCUACGGGCACUGGCAGUGAAUAAUCUGUAGUUUUUGAGCGAUCUUUUGUCAUGGCUACGUGUUUAAGAUAAUUUAGCGAAUCUCUUGUUUUGAUUUCUGCUAGUGAAACUCAGGAGAGCCUCCCUUUGAAGGGAAACUUGUCACUC